GGGAGGAGGUCAUUUUUGGCCAUUUCUCAUGAUUCUCCUUCAAUUUAACACCUUCAAAUGGAAUAAAAAAACGUACUUGUGGAAAUGAAAUGGGGUAGAUCUGUGAAGCAGAGCAGCAGAACUGAACAAAAACCGACCCAAUUCUAACGGUGUUUUGAAGGUGACUAAUCAUGGCGGCGAAUCCGAGAGAAGCUCGACGGCGGCGGAUCCUGGAGCGAGGUUCCGACCGCUUAGCCCUAAUCACCGGUCAGAUCCAGUCCCUCCCUUCUUCCUCCGCAUCUCCGCCAUCAUACGAUGAACAUAUGGAUUCAUCAUCCCAGCCGUUGAUCUCGAAUCUUCAGGAUCUCCGGCCGUCUCGUAUUUCCGCUCAACCAACUGUUUCUCAUGAUAAGGACAAGCUGAUUGGUUCUACAUUGCAACAUAAUGAUCCUCAGAUAAGUGCUAGGUCUUCUGCAUAUAAUGGAACCAGUACAGUGCCUCUCCCGAGAAAAUCUAAUGAAAUCGAAACUGCAGUAGCUUCUACUCCUGAAGACGGUGGAAGUGCACCAUCCCAUUUCACCCCAUCUGAUGGUCGAGAUGCAUCUCUUUCUACAUUUUCCAGAGAUCAACAGUCCAAACCAAAAUUGCCACUAGUCAGUUCUUUCUCUCUAAAUGAACUAAGUUCGGCGAUUUCUGAAUCUGAAAAGACCCGUCUUUGUUUUUCAGCUAUUAUAGCCUUUCUAGUAGUUGCUUCAUAUGUAGGAUUUCCUUUCUUAGGCCAGAGUGUUAUGAGAACUGUUUUUGGAUCUAAACCACUCUAUCUAGUCUUGUUCACAAAUGCAACAGUUGUACUUGGAAGGCUUCUUUUCACCAAACAAAAGGGUUUUAGAGUAUCUGAUAGAGGACAGGGUCAAGUAAAUCCACCUGAGGGACAAAGCUCAGUUGAACAAAUUGGUAAGGUUUUAGAGGCAGGUAUAGUGGCUCAGAAGGCAAUGGGUGCAAUUUUCAUGGACUGCAGUGUGUUUGCAGUUAUCAUCGUAUUGGGACUUCCGUUUAUGCAGCGGCUUUAGAUUCAGGCUGUGUUGAUGUCUUACUGCUUCGUUUAGUUUUGUUCUUUUUUUCUCUGUCUCGCACCUAGUCUAAAAAUUUUGUACUGUAAAUUUGUCUUGUGUCAAUGAUACUUAUUCAAGGUUAGUUUGAUAAAAGUUUUGCAUUAAACCAAAAAGGCAAUUUUAGAAUCCAAUGGUUCUGAUUAACCUAUAAGGGCCCUACUUGUGUCUACUGUUGAAUGCAAUGAUGAGGAUUAUAGUAGUAUUUUCUU